CCUCAUUCGCUCUCUCUCGUCGACUGGAGCUCGCCCGAGCUCGUGGUCGCCAUGAGCAUUGUCGUAGCCGUGGCCACCGCAUGCCUCGUCGCUUGAGAAGACGUCCAGGAGAAUCGCCACGGUCCACUUCGUCCAUCCCGAGCACUGAAUCGAGCUGGGAUGGCCCGUACGCUCGCCAUCGACCUCGUUUUCACCGCGUACAUUAUCGUCAUCCGUCGUCGAUUGCCACUGCUCUGGUCCCUCCCCAACCUCCCCGAGCACGCCUAUGGAUCCGCGCCGCACUGCCCGCUGCCGCCGCUGCUCGCCCCCGCCUACAUGCACCCCGCCGCUCCUGGCCGAGGCCGCCUCCGACCUGCUCCGUCCGUCCGCGCCUGCCUCUGGCCGCGCUCCCCGCCGCAGCUCCUGGCCGUGGCCGCCGGAGCCCUCUGCUCCCGUGCGCGCGCAACCACUGGAAGGGCACGGCUGUGUCCCCUGCCAAGUGAGGCCGGCCGAGUUAAUUGCACAGAAGUACCACAAUUCGGGCAUCACAUGCAGAUUGGUACCACGAUUGCUAAUUUUUGCGUGUCAGUACCAACAUUCGUCUAAAUUUUUGCAAAUUAGGCUAAAACGCGUAUUUAUACGUAUUGACAGUGUAUCUGACCGUUGGGGCCCGUCUGUCAGGUGCCGACGUGGCAUAUUUUUUGCAGAAAACCCCUUGGCUUUAUACGUAAUCACAUAAAUGUCCAUUUUUCACAGGAAAACCGCCAUUGAGAGGGACUUUUUUUUUGUUCGCAAGUUUUUCGCGGACUUGUUCGAAAGUUUCCAGCGACUUGAACAAAUAAAUAACCGGAAUGAAAAAACGCGCGCGAGCGCGAUUCGAACCCGCGACCUGCAGGUCUGCCGCCGGGCAUACAGGCGAAGACUUUAUUAUACUAGGGCACACGCUGGGCCGGCACGCUGGGCAGACAACAUGCUCCAAUGUUCCUAACUAUUUAUCUGCUGCAGGGAAACUACAUGACCAAACGAGCACUAUUAACAAGAUUGCUGCAGGAAAAAAUCAAUAUGCAUUACAUUAUAGAACGGAGGAAGUAAUAUGAUGCAGAAGCCUCUGCUAUCUAUACAAUGAGCAUACAUGUUUGACCAUGUGCAGUAAAACAACACUAAUGAGGUUCAGAAUCACACGGUGUAAGAAGAUACCUGAAUGAUCUCUGUUAUGUUCCUUCCUGCACGCCCUACAACUGCACCGAUGUGUUCGUCAGCAACACCUAUGGUGUGUGAUUCUUGGGCAUCAUUAUUAGCAGCUGAUCUAACAGGUGUACCAGGCUGAAAAGUUUCAACAGAAAACCAUGAUUAGAACAAUUUGAAAACAUAUAUGAGGUUAAUACUACUACCCAAAAAACAAAGCAAAAAAGAAGUUGCUGCCUCAGCAUACAGUUUUAGAAAAUAAUAAAAUAUAUGCAUAGAGAAUAUAGCCUGAAAGCAUUAGAAGGCAAGAAAACUGGGCACAUUAAAUCUAACAUCAAGGAGUUAGCGCACACAACAUCAAUCAGAAGUUCCAGCAUGCACAUCUCUCUUUCUCCAAAAACAAAUGCUUAGUGUAAUACACAUUUAUGCAUAUCUCUUUCUCCAAAACAAAUGCUAGUGUAAUACACAU